AUGUCGAACUCACUAAAUAUGUACGUACUCGGUCCGUCAGCUUCGGGGAAAACGGGCCUUUUGCGCCAGCUUCGCUGUAUGUGUGAGAACGGUACCCUGAUGACCCAGCCUGCCCAUGAUGUCCCCACAAAAGGACAGGAGAUUCAUUCCUUAAUCGUUCAUGCACCGCAGAAGAAGAACGUCUUCUGCACAGUCGAGCUAUGUGAACUUGGUGGGGAAAUGUCCCCUGUGUGGGAAAAGUUCAUUCGGUCGCGGUUGGGUUUGGCAAAAGACAAGAAUGACCAAAGAUGUGCGUUGAUGUUUGUGGUGGACGCGUUGGCCCCUCAUUUGCUUCCCCUGGCAUCUGUCCUGUUUCAAAGAUUAAAGUGUUUUGACGGGCUCUGCCGAGAGUGGCCCGCAGUGGUGGUGCUGAAUAAGGUGGCUGCGAGGAAUGCCAUGACCGAGGGAGAGUUAGAAUUCUUCAUUCCAACGGCCAGUUACGAGGCAACACAAGUUCUGUGUGUGGAUUCCUGGAAUGGGCACGGGAUUGGAGAUCUCAUGAAGUGGGUCAACAGUGUGGCUUUCUCGUGCUAA